AUGUUAAUCCUCAAUUAUCUUAUGGUAAUGUCUGUGCUACUUGAACCCCAGGCAGACUGUACAAUUAUCUUCCUUCAAGUAGAGAAGCGCACUCUAGCAAUCUGGAUGCAAUGCGGUUUAAACACGGAUAUUCUAGAUAAAACUUUUGACGCAGGUCAAAUGGAUAUACGGACCACAUUAACAUGGAAUAUAAUAUCAGUUCCAUUACGAACUACAUAUAUUUUAACAUUGGCAGUGAACAGCCCACCAAUACGAAUCACGGGCAUAAUGAUCGACGGGCAAAAGGUGGUAGAGCAAGAGACGAAAGUCAAAAUUGGUUAUUAUGAAAAAUGA